CAAGUGGAGGAACCGAACGGCGUGACUGUUUAUUCAAGUGCUGCUGCGGACACAGGUUCGAAACCCCGUCUCUUAACUGCAGAUGGCCUGCUAUGAUGCCAACAAGGGGAGUCUGGAGGAGGACAGCUGCGAUGGAGAUGUUGGUGGAGAGCUGUCUGUUUGUGGCUUGGCGAUGCUGGAAAAAGAGCGAGAAUCCCUUUUUUUCAGCCCAGUAGAGACGUUUGGCAACCUCACCCUUGGCAACUCCACCAGUCUUCAGGCUGAUAUGCCCAUCCAGGGUUACGACGUGGAGUUUGACCCGCCCCUGGAGAGUAAAUAUGAGUGUCCUAUCUGCCUCAUGGCUCUCAGGAAUGCUGUUCAAACACCCUGCGGUCACCGUUUCUGCAAGAACUGCAUUGAGAAAUCCAUUCGUGACACGGGACAGAGAUGCCCUGUGGACAAUGAAAUGCUGACAGAAGAUCAGCUGUUUCCUGAUAACUUUGCCAAACGAGAGAUUCUAUCGCUAACUGUUCGCUGUCCAAACUCUGGUUGUGUUGAUGAAAUGGAGCUUCGACAUUUGGAGAAUCAUUUGGCGCAGUGUCAGUUUGCGACUGCGACUUGUCUACAGUGCCAGCAGUCGGUGAGAAAGAGCCACUUAGAGGAGCACACCACUGUCGAGUGCCAGAGGAGGCCUGUGUCCUGCCCUGAUUGUGUGGAAUGCUUCGUCUUUGAGGAGAGCGAGCUUCACCAGCAGCGGUGUCCCUUUGCUAGCGUGAACUGUCAGUACUGUGACAUGGAUCUCAUCAGAGACCAGAUUGAAUCUCAUUGUGACACAGAUUGCCCAAAGGCCCCCAUCGCCUGUAACUUCAGCACCUUUGGAUGUAAGGAAAGGAUGCAGCGCCAUGACCUGGCUCAGCACAUGCAGGAGUUCACGCAGAUGCACAUGUGGUACAUGGCUGAGUUCCUGCGUGGCCUUAGCCUCAAUGGCAACACGCCCAAAGCCCUGUGGGCGAGUGGACCUUCUGUCUCUUCCGAGGAUCAAGGAGCUGCAGCAUCGCUAUCUUCCUCUGGAGGGCUCAGAGGAGCUGCAGGCGGCGGCGGUGGCAACUGUGCUUCAGCAACUCAGCCGAAUGAAGAGAUGCAGCGGCUCAGAGAGAUGGACGGACGAUUGGUGAAGCAGGACCAUCGGCUAGUUGAGCUCUCCAUCUUAAAGGAAACACAUGCAGGUCAGCUUGCAGAGCUCCGGAAUAGGGUGUCAAUGCUGGAGGACACGGUGAAGGAGCUGGAGGCCCAGCAGUGCCGCGGUAUCUUCAUCUGGCGCCUCAAAGGUUUCUCUGCCCACAUGCGAAACCAAGAAGCUGGACUCACGGUGGUCGAGCACAGCCCUGGCUUCUACACGGGCUACCCGGGCUACAAGCUGUGCCUGCGUUUACACCUGCAGACGCCCAACGCCCAGCGCUGCUCCAACUACAUCUCCCUCUUUGUCCACACCAUGCAGGGAGCUUUCGACGGGGAGCUGACCUGGCCGUUCCAAGGCACCAUCCGGCUCGCCAUCCUCGACCAGGGCCCUGAGGGUCAGCAUCACAUGGAGGUGAUGGAAACCAAACCAGACCUGCAGGCCUUUCAGAAGCCCACCAUCCAGCGCAAUCCCAAAGGAUUUGGCUAUGUUACCUUCAUGCACCUGCAUCAGCUGAAACAGAGAGCCUAUGUCAAAGAUGACACCUUACUUAUCCGCUGCGAUGUGACGUCGCGUUUUGACAAUAUGCCGAAUCGUGAGGCACUGGCGGUGCAGCCUCGAGGGCCCGAGGCAUCGGUUUCAAGGGACUAGAGUCAAACCCACAUCUAUGGGAUUGUCAUUAUGCUGACACAUAUAUAUAUAUAUAUAUAUAUAUAUAUAUUAUAUUAAUAGAUGAAUACAAUACAUUCAUUUAAAGUUCACUUUUCAAUACGUGUUCAAAUAGUUCAUGUAUAAUCAGCUCCAGAUGUCCAGUUAAAGAUGUGUUUGUGCUGCUGCAGAAUGAGCAUUACUACAGACAUGGCUCUCUGCUUGUGGUUGUUGGAGGUGGUACAAAUAUUUUUCAAGAUAAAGAGUUUAAGGCCUCUGGUGUCUCUCUGUUGCAGUGUUUGGUCAAAUAGAUCACAUUCUUUUUAACCUUAUCCUCUUCUAACCUCAUCCACGUGUAUGUACAGAGAGUGCUGGUGAAAACCUGCUCACAAUCUGAAAGCAAAAGCAAGUCUGGUCAUGACCUCUAAACAGAAGAAAGGCUAUGUGUGUCAGCUGUAUGGUUUCAUUUUCAUUUUUAUGUUGGAAAUGUGGUUGCGGGAACCUUGUUAGUAUCUUAGAAAUGUUUCGAGAAAGACUGAAGAGAAAGUGUGAAAGUUGGCUUAUUUAUGGAUGUUUAUGGACAAUGCAAGUUUCAGAAUAUUCACAACUCUGCUUUGUGAGGAAGGAAAUGAACUUGUUGGACCUUAAAGACACUCCAGUGUAAUUUGUCUUAACAGUACAGCUCCACAGGGUUCUUUAACAGAAGGUUAUUGUAAGGAUCGGGAAUAUCCGUUUUCGAAUUCAUGUGCUCUCCAAAAGCAAACUUUCAGUCAAAGAUUUCUUUCUUCAAUCGACUGACCUUGUUGUGUCUCUUUGACGCACAACUUUUGUCAACACGAAGCAUUUUUCUGUUUCGUCAACAUUGUUUAUUUUUGCUUAACGCAUGACAGCGGAGCGGAACUGCUCAUUGUACUUUUUAUUUGUGCCUUUCACUCGUAGCUCCUGCCAAAUGUGACUUAAACGAAAAUUUCGAAAGUAGAUGUACAUCACAUACUCUGAUAUAUUAUGCUGCCUGUUAAGCUUUUAAAAAUGUGGAUAAAAGAUUUUACGCUU